GCCCUGCAGCCUUUGUUGCCCGCGGACUGAGUGCAGCCGUCCACUGGGCCGGAGUCGGGGCUGGGACGCCGGGAGCUGCACGCGGGCUGGGCAUGUACUGAGCCGGACCCGGGACCGAGCAGCAACCGAACGGGACAGAUAAGAGCGUGAGCGCAGGGUCGCCCGGCGGCCCCCGGGCUCCGGCCAUGCCCGGCGGCUCGCGUCCCCGCAGCCCCGCGCCGCUGUGGCGCCUCCUCCUGCUUCUCUACGCUCUGGAGCUUGGCUCCUCGAGACUCGCACCAGGGCACUCGACCCAGGGCCGGGCGGCUUUGGAUAUCGUGCACCCAGUGCGCGUGGACGCGGGAGGCUCCUUCUUGUCCUACGAGCUGUGGCCCCGCACGCUGCGAAAGCGAGACGUGUCCACGCGCUACGACGUUCCCACCUUCUAUGAGUUGCAGUACCGCGGGCGCGAGCUGCGCUUCAACCUGACCGCCAACUCUCACCUGCUGGCGCCCGGCUUUGUGAGCGAGACGCGGCGGCGCGGAGGCCUGGGCCGAGCGCACAUCCGGGCCCGCACCUCUGCCUGCCACCUGCUCGGGGAAGUGCAGGAUCCGGAGCUCGAGGGCGGCCUGGCGGCCAUCAGUGCCUGUGAUGGCCUGAAAGGUGUAUUCCAGCUCUCCAGCGAGGACUACUUCAUUGAGCCCCUGGAAGGUGUUCCUGCACGGCCUGGCCACGCCCAGCCCCAUGUGGUGUAUAAGCGCCAAGCACCCGAGAGGCCGGCACAGAGAGGGGAUUCUGGCACUCCAGGCACCUGUGGGGUGCAAGCAUCCUUGGACCUGGAGUCUCGACGGGAGCGUUGGGAACAGCGGCAGCAAUGGCAGCAGCAGAGGUCAAGGCGUCUAUACCAGCGCUCAGUCAGCAAGGAGAAGUGGGUAGAGACCCUGGUGGUUGCUGAUGCCAAAAUGGUAGAGUACCAUGGGCAGCCACAAGUUGAGAGUUAUGUGCUGACCAUCAUGAACAUGGUGGCUGGCCUGUUUCAUGACCCAAGCAUUGGGAACCCUAUCCACAUCACUGUUGUGCGCCUGGUCCUGCUGGAGGAUGAGGAGGAGGACCUAAAGAUCACACACCAUGCUGAUAACACCCUGCGGAGCUUCUGCAAAUGGCAGAAAAGCAUCAACAUGAAGGGAGACACCCACCCCCUGCACCACGACACUGCCAUCCUGCUCACCAGGAAGGACCUGUGUGCAGCCAUGAACCGGCCUUGCGAGACUCUGGGCCUGUCCCACGUGGCAGGCAUGUGCCAGCCGCACCGCAGCUGCAACAUCAACGAGGACACAGGCCUGCCGCUGGCCUUCACUGUGGCCCACGAGCUUGGGCACAGUUUUGGCAUUCAGCAUGACGGAAGCGGCAAUGACUGUGAGCCUGUUGGGAAACGGCCUUUCAUCAUGUCUCCACAGCUCCUGUACGACGCUGCUCCCCUCACCUGGUCCCGCUGCAGCCGAGAGUACAUCACCAGGUUCCUUGACCGCGGGUGGGGCCUGUGCCUGGACGACCCUCCUGCCAAGGAUGUCAUUGACUUCCCCGCGGUACCACCUGGUGUCCUCUACGAUGUGAGCCACCAGUGUCGCCUUCAAUACGGGGCCUACUCUGCCUUCUGUGAUGACAUGGACAAUGUCUGCCACACACUCUGGUGCUCAGUGGGGACCACCUGUCACUCCAAGCUGGAUGCAGCCGUGGAUGGCACCAGGUGCGGGGAGAGCAAGUGGUGUCUCAAUGGGGAAUGUGUACCUGUGGGCUCCCGGCCCGAGGCUGUGGACGGUGGCUGGUCUGGCUGGAGUGCCUGGUCCGUCUGCUCGCGGAGCUGUGGCGUGGGUGUGCAGAGCGCUGAGCGGCAGUGCACACAGCCUGCGCCCAAGUACAAGGGCAAAUACUGCGUGGGUGAGCGGAAACGCUUCCGCCUCUGCAACCUGCAGGCCUGCCCCCCUGGCCGCCCAUCCUUCCGCCAUGUCCAGUGCAGCCAGUUUGAUGCCAUGCUCUACAAGGGCCAGCUGCACACAUGGGUGCCUGUGGUCAGUGACGUGAACCCCUGCGAGCUACACUGCCGGCCCUCAAACGAGUACUUUGCUGAGAAACUGAGGGAUGCCGUGGUCGAUGGCACACCCUGCUACCAGGGCCAGGCCAGCCGGGACCUCUGCAUCAAUGGCAUCUGCAAGAAUGUGGGCUGCGACUUUGAGAUUGACUCCGGCGCCAUGGAGGACCGCUGUGGCGUGUGCCAUGGCAACGGUUCCACCUGUCACACCGUGAGCGGGACCUUUGAGGAGGCUGAGGGCCUAGGGUAUGUGGAUGUGGGGCUGAUCCCAGCCGGCGCGCGUGAGAUCCGCAUCGAGGAGGUAGCCGAGGCUGCCAAUUUCCUGGCGCUGCGGAGUGAGGACCCAGAUAAGUACUUCCUCAAUGGUGGCUGGACUAUCCAAUGGAAUGGGGACUACCAGGUGGCAGGGGCCACUUUCACAUACGCACGCAUGGGCAACUGGGAGAACCUCACGUCCCCGGGACCCACCAAUGAACCUGUCUGGAUCCAGCUGUUGUUCCAGGAGAGCAACCCUGGGGUGCGCUAUGAGUACACCAUUCACAGGGAGGUCCAUGGCCACGGCGAGGCCACACCACCGGAGUUCUCCUGGCACUAUGGGCCCUGGACCAAGUGUACGGUCACUUGUGGCACAGGUGUGCAGAGGCAGAGCGUGUACUGCACAGAGCAGCAGGCAGGGCCUGUGGACGAGGAGCAUUGUGACCCCCUGGGCCGGCCAGAUGACCGCCAGCGGAAGUGCAGUGAGGAGCCCUGCCCUGCCAGGUGGUGGGCAGGGGAGUGGCAGCCAUGCUCCAGCUCCUGUGGGCCUAGGGGCCUCUCCCGCCGGACUGUGCUCUGCAUCCGCAGUGUGGGGCUGGAUGAACAGAGCGCCCUGGAGCCACGGGCCUGUGAACACCUUCCCCAGCUCCCCACCGAAACCCCUUGCAACCGCCAUGUGCCUUGUCCGGCUACUUGGGCCGUGGGGAAUUGGUCUCAGUGCUCAGUGACAUGCGGGGUGGGCACUCAGCACCGAAGUGUCCUCUGUGCCAAUGACACCGGCGUCCCCUGCGAUGAGGCUCAGCAGCCAGCAAGCGAGGCCACCUGCCCUCUGCCACCCUGCCCUCAGCCUUCGGACAUGGUGGGCCCUGAAGGCUCGGGGAGCGGCUCCUCCAGUCAUGAGCUUUUCAAUGAGGUCGACUUCAUCCCACACCACCUGGCCCCACGCCCUGUGCCUCCUUCAUCCCCUGCGCCAGCCAGCAUGGGCAAUGCCAUCGAGGAGGAGGACCUGGACCUGCCAGGACCUGUGUUUGUUGAUGACUUCUACUAUGACUACAAUUUCAUUAACUUCCAUGAGGAUCUGUCCUAUGAUCCCUUUGAGGAGCCCCAUUUGGUCCCAGUGGGAACAGAUAAUUGGACGCCUCCACCUGCAGAGCCCCCCAUGGCCACCCCCAUGCCUGCCACAGAGCCUCCUGUGACUGGGGAGGAAAGAGUGCUUAGAUCUCAGUCCCCUGGCCCUUGGCCCAAGCAGGCCAGCCCCACCCUGCCCCCACCUUUGGAGCAGACCCCUGAUUCCCCCUUCGUCAAUUUCUUGCCUGAGGAAGAUACCCCUGUGGGGGCUCCAGACCUUGGACUCCCCAGCUUGCCCUGGCCCCCUGCUUCAGUUCUUGGCAUGCUUACACCUGCUGCCCCUGGGGGCCAAGAUGAGCUCCUAAUAGGGGAGGACAGCCAGAGCCAGCUGCCCCCUCUGUGGCAGGACAGGACCAAUGAGGUUUCCAAGGAUGAUGAGGAACCUGUGGGCCAUGGAGUAUCCCUCCUGCCCUCAAGACCCAGCCCAACGCUGCCCCCUUUGCCCACCGUUGAACCCAGCCCCUCCUCUCCUAGACCUGAUGUUUCAGAGCCGUGGACAGGUGGCACUAUGGCCUGGGAGCCAGCUCUGGAGGGUGGUCCAGGGCCUGUGGACAGUGAGCUGUGGCCCACUGUGGCUCCUCUCCUUCCUUCCUCAGCUGCUCUGCCUGAGAUUAAGAGUGGGGACAACCCCCCGGGGCUGGGGACUCCCACCUAUUCACCCUCAGGACUAGGCUUAUGGGACCUACAGACUCUGGCAACCCCAGGGACCUUCCUUGGGAAAACUCUGACUGGCAGAGGGCACAUGCCUUGGGUGACUGCCCUGAGCCCAGGACCUUUGGGCCCGGCUGAGUCCCCCAGCCCUGAGGCAACCCUGAGUUCUGGGCUACCAUCCAGACCAGAUCAGAACAGUAUCACCAGCAGCAGCAGAGCCCCUGAGGCCCAGCCCCUGGACCCCAGCCUGGCUAAGGAGGGGUCUCCCAUGGACCUGCUACCUGCCAGGAAUGCCAGCUGGCAAGUGGGAAACUGGAGCCAGUGCUCCACCACCUGUGGCCUGGGUGCUGCCUGGAGGCCUGUGCGCUGUAGCUCAGGCCGGGAUGAGGACUGCACUCCCGCUGGCCGGCCCCAGCCUGCCCGCCGUUGCCACCUGCGGCCCUGUGCCGCCUGGCACCCAGGCAACUGGAGUAAGUGCUCCCGCAGCUGUGGUGGAGGCUCCUCAGUGCGGGAUGUGCAGUGUGUGGACACACAGGACCUCCGGCCACUGCGGCCCUUCCACUGUCAGCCAGGGCCUGCCAAGCCACCUGCCCGCCGGCGCUGUGGGGCCCAGCCCUGCCUCAGCUGGUACAUCUCUUCCUGGAGGGAGUGCUCGGAGGCCUGUGGCGGCGGUGAGCAGCAGCGUCUGGUGACCUGCCCAGAGCCAGGCCUCUGUGAGGAGGCACUGAGGCCCCACAGCACGCAGCCCUGCAACACCCACCCCUGCACACAGUGGGUGGUAGGGCCCUGGGGCCAGUGCUCAGCCCCCUGUGGUGGUGGUGUCCAGCGGCGCCUGGUCAAGUGUGUCAACACCCAGACAGGGCUGCCUGAAGAAGACAGUGACCAGUGUGGCCAUGAGGUCUGGCCUGAGAGCUCCCGGCCGUGUGGCACCGAGGACUGUGAGCUGGUUGAGCCUCCGCGUUGUGAGCGUGAUCGUCUGUCCUUCGGGUUCUGUGAGACCCUGCGCCUCCUGGGCCGCUGCCAGCUGCCCACCGUCCGCACCCAGUGCUGUCGCACGUGCCCCCUGCCUGGACACAGCGCCCCCUCCCGGGGCCAUCAGCGGGUCGCCCGCCGUUGACUGGAGCCCCAGGACACACAGACCAACUGCUUGAUGCACAGACCUCAGCGCCCACCAUGGGCCCCUGUGCCCUAAUGGUGCUAAUCUCCUCCCGUCCCCCUCAGAAAAGGUAUUUUUUUAUUCUGACAAUUGUGUAACAUUUAUUAUUAUUUUACAUAAAUAAGCAUCUACCAUUCCAAA